CCGAGCAGCAGACAAAAUUGAACGCCGCCGCGGUUGCAGCCAGUCCGACAUUUGGUCGAGUCAGGAACAGUUUGUUGUGUGCUACGAAGCCGUGAACCGUGGAAGGGCAGUCCAGCCAUCAGCCAAGAACUCAGAACUAGUUGAAGAUAAAGGGCAGCAGGAAGAGCCGAGCCAGUUUCAGUUUGAGAAGUCAAGCGUUUCGUAGAAGUGAGUUUCGCAGUGUGCGUUCGGGAUCUGCUCCGCCAAGACGAGUCCUUUCGAGUGAAGUGCGUGCCCCGGUGCAAUUGCAAUUGGUACCGCCCAUCGCCCAGAACCCCCGUGACUGCAGGCAAUCAACAGAAGUUCGCCGUCACAGUGAGCCAGUCGUGGUGCGAUCAGCCAAGAGCCCUAGGCGUCCCGAGUUGACAAAGCGCGCUGUACAGUGAAAAGGCAUUUUCCGCGAGCCAGUCGAGUGCUUAGUAUCGUUUCGAGUUCGCCGCCGUCUCAGUGGAAUCAGAUCUCGUAGUUUCGAGUCAAACUUGAGUGCAAAAUGGCAGCUGAAGUCGCAAGCAAUCAGCAGCAGAAUGCAGUGAGUGAGGACAAUGCAGCAGCGAACGCGGCCGCGGACAAGAAGCCGGACGACACGAAGGUAGCGGACGGCGGCGCCGGCGGAGACGCGGCGGCCGCAAACAAUGCCGCCGCGGACGGGCAGACCCCAGCGGCCGGAGCAACAGCCGCUGGCGACGGGGACGCCAACGCCGAUGGAAAAAACGCCGGCGAGAACCACGAAGGGGCCAACAACACUGCGGCACCCGCCAAGCCAGAUCCGCCCGUCAAGUACUGCGUCCACAAAACAAACUUCGAAAAGGAUGUCAUCUACCUGUACCAGUUCUCGCGGACCCCACUGUUGCCAUCGCUGUCACCAUAUUGUCUCAAAGUCGAGACGUGGUUGCGCCUGGCCGGGCUUAAGUACGAGAAUGUCGAUCAUAAAAUGCGUUUCCGUUCGAAAAAGGGACAACUACCCUUCAUUGAACUUAAUGGCGAGGAAAUUGCCGAUUCGGCUAUCAUCAUUAAGGAACUGACAAAUAAAUUUGAAAAGGAUCUGGAUGCAAGCCUCACACAAGAACAGCGUAAUAUUGCUCACGCAACGAUUUCCAUGAUUGAGAAUCAUUUGGUGUGGAUUAUAUUCUGGUGGCGCACAAAAUAUCCAGAUUUGGUGCUGAAAGGAUACAAAGUGAAUUUGCAGCAUGCGCUUGGUAUACGAUUACCAAAUGGCAUUCUGAACUUCUUCUUUAGAAUUGCAUUUGGACGAAAGUGGUUCCAGGGUACGAAAAAAGUGAAGGCCCAAGGAAUUGGCGUUCACAAACCAGAAGAAAUCGAAGAAUUCGGCAAACAUGACUUGAAAGUAUUGAGCGAUAUGUUAGCUGAUAAACCAUUCUUCUUUGGCGAUGAACCAACAACAUUGGAUGUCGUAUCGUUUGCCGUCCUGUCACAGCUCCACUUCAUCUCAAAAGAGGUUAAUUAUCCAUUGCGUGAUUUCAUGACUGAAACCUGCCCAAAUCUUGUUGGACACGUGUCGAGAAUGAAGGAGAGAUGUUUCCCUGAUUGGGAUGAAAUUUGCACUAAAUUGGAUUUGAAUGCACAUUUACCGAAGCCAGAACCUGAAGCGAAGGAGGGCAAGGAAGGCGAACCCGAAAAGUCAGCAGAACAGGAAAAUGAAACAGAGAAAAUUGAAAAGGAACUAGAAAAAGAUAAGUCCGACGAAAAAGAAAAGACGGAGGAAAAUAAGGAGAAGGAAGAGGCUAAAUAAACAGCAUGAGAGCGUCACUGUGGCUGUAUUUCAUUUAAUCAGCAGCAGAACAGUUGUGUGCAAAUAUUUAGAAAAGAUCAUUUAAAUGGGAGAAACCAUCAUUUAUAUAUAAAUAUAUAUUUAUAAAGAUUAUAAAUAUACAUAAGGAACAGAACCACAUUACACCCCAAUCGCAUUUAGAAAUAUAACGUAAAAAUCAUAAUCUAAAACGCAUCAACCCAUUCUCGAACGACCACAACAUUAAAAAAAUCAAACAUGCAUCCACAUACACACAACAAGCAUACAUCUUUGCUCCAUACAGUUUUUUAUAUUUCUAUAUAAAUAUAAAAAAGUAAUCAAAAAAAAGUAUCAUGCAUUCGUAAGGACAAUGCUCUCCUGUAUAAGAAGUGUACAGCCGCGAGUCAAAGGUCCAAUUUUUCAUCGAUUUCAUCGUUCAUAGUAAAAACUAGCCAUUGACUCUCAUUAAUAUAAAGACAACUCAUCAAACAAAACACUUUUAAGAGUAAAAACGUAAUUUUUUAAAAUAAGAUCAAACAAAAUAACGAAGAAUCAUAAAUUUAUACACGUGACGCAAGAAACUGCAAUUGCUUUCAGAACGCUAGUGUGUCGCUCUAAAUUUUUAUUUCCUUGACUUACGUACCCUUUUCGUUUAUCGUUUUUAAAUGCAAUGCUCAAACUGUGCAAAAGUUUUACUAGUUUAAUAUUUUUAUUGUCUUUGCUUAUUCGUAUUUUAACGCAAAAUAUAUCAAAGUUUUAUUUUUUCGUGACUCGAAUAAACACGAUCCAUUCACGUAGGAGUUUCAUUUUGUAACGUUAAGUCGGGCAAAUAUAUUCCAAACAGUACGAGAAAAUCUUACACAGAAAAGUUUUUACCAACAAGAUCCAACACGAUAUCGAAGAACUGGUGAAACAAACAGCUUCAGUCUAUGAACAUAGAAAGCAGAAAGCAGAAAAUGAAACAAGUAAAUAAAUGCUUAUGUGACAAAGAUAUAGUAGUUUACUUUAAGUUUUUUCUGCUGUUUCUGAUUUUUUAUUAUUUUAGAAAAAUAAAAAGUGAAUGUCGUAACAGCAGGAAAAUCUCUAUAUUAAACGAGGAAAAAUUUAGAUAUGACAUUUUUAUACAUUUAAAUAAAAUAUUUAAUGAAAAGGUAAAAUAAAAAUAUAUAAAAAUGAACUUAAGGUAAACAAAAGAAAAAGAGAAAACAAAAGAAAAAGAAACUUUAACACUAAGGAGAAAUUAAACUAAAUAAAAUUACAUUUUAAAUGUUAAAAGAAUAUAUAAAUAUUAAUGAAAGGAAAAGAACUAUUAAGUUUUUCUUUAGUAAGAAAGGCAAGAUAUUAUUGUAAAGAUAAGAUUCUUAUAAUGUUUCUUCAACAUUGUAUUCCUCAUCCUUUCUUUGCUUCUUUCCUUAUAUUUUAGGUAAGAGCUUUUGUAAAAAAUUUAUAUUUUCGAAUAUCUCCACUGAUUUCAUUUUCCCCUGAAAUUGUUUUUAUCGUUUGUUUGAGUCUAAUUAGUAGUUUAUUUAGAUAAAAAGCACGACCAUUUUCGCAUAUUUUAUAUGGAAUGAAAGGAUAAAUUUAAAGCGGAAUAAAUAUGUCUAAAAGAGAAAAAAUUGAGAUAUGAUGAACGUUUGUACACCGAGAUAUUAUAGAGAAGAAUACUGAUUAAAUUUAAAGUAAAACUCUAUACAUAUAAAUCGUAAAUUUAAAAUGAAGGACAAGAAAACAAAUUAUAUAAACAUCAUUUUUCAUCCCCCCAAAACUAUGUGUAAGACAAUUUAUCGUAUAUAAAUAAACAAUAAAUAUAAUGAAUACUACACACUCUGCAGAAAAUCAAAUACACCUUCGACACUAGACACACACUCAACUCAUCACCUUACUAAUAUACAGCAACAAUUUACAUAACGUACGGAUGUGAAAGAGUAAGAGAUCAACACAGAAAACAGAACACAAGGCAUAUAUAUACGCGCCCGCCCCAAAUUGUAUGUAGAUUAAUGAUAAUAUGAAAUAAAAUUUAAAUUUACAAAAAACAA